GUGUGUGUGUGUAGGGUGUAUAACUCAACAUGUGAGAAGUCUUUGGAUCUUCAGCGUGGUUCUGAUCUGUGCUGUACACUGGAUAACAUCCCUCUCAUCAGUAAGUGUGGUGGUGUUCCUCCAGAGAGCUGCUGGUUCAGUUUGCUGUGCAGUGCUGCUUCAUUCAUAGUUAUUGUGAUUGGUCUCCUUCGUUAUGCCCAGCUGAUCCAUAAACACACCAACAGUGUGUUGAACAUUGAGGGUCUGUUUGCUGGAUGGCUGUGUGCCGCAGGACUCAUGAUUGUGGGAAAUUUCCAAGUGGAUCAUGCUAAAGUUCUUCAUUAUGUGGGCGCGGGUCUCGCCUUUCCAGCCAGUCUGCUGUUUGUGUGUGUGCAGACACUGCUGUCGUACCGUGCAUCAGAAACACACAGAGACGUGCAGAUCGCUCACCUGCGGCUCAUACUCACCGCCAUGGCCUUCACCACACUCACUCUCAGCGGUGUGUUUUUCAUCCAGGAGAGUUUCGUUCUUCAGCAUGCCGCAGCCAUACUGGAGUGGAUAUUUGCCAUCAUCGUGCUGGUCUUUUACAGCUCGUUCUCGCUGGAGUUCGGCUCCAUUUCUUCAGAAACACUCGCAGCAAUGAUGACCAAACAAGACGGAGCCACCGAGGAGGGACGCAAACUGGAGAAAGUCUAGAAAACAGCUGAGAACAUCAGCCUUUAUGUCUUGCUUUUAGUCUGAAUAUCUAAAAAUCCUUAAAUUAAGACGUAUAAAAAGGGAAGCUAUUAUGCAAAACUGACUUAUAUAAGGAGUUUGUGUGUC